AUGUCCUCAUCACCCAACGAGUCAAAGACUCUGUGGGACUACCUCGGAAUUGAGGAAGAGGUGGACUAUGAUAGCGAUACCAGUGUCCGCGGUGACACAGGGACAACGUCCGGCUCACUGAUGCCUGAGGCACAACUUUCGAACACCCCAAAUCCGUUCGCUGAACGUGGAGGUGCGAGCGCGCCGCCAGCGCAGCAUGCAGCAUCUGGUUCUGAUGAGACUAUCAUCGCGAACCCGCUCGAUGAGCAACAACAAUUGCUUGUCCAAAGAGAAGAAAACGCUCAGCGUUAUGUACAAAUGGCUGCAACCCUUGAACGCCAGCUUGACUAUGUGUUCACCCCACCCAGUGUGGAGGAACGUCUACGUCAAGCGGCCGGCCAAACAUUGGCAACGUGGGUCAUUGGCCAUGGGCCUAAGACUCCUGAGGAGGUGUCAAUACAAGGCACGCCUGACAUGCAAGCACGUGGUGCACCGGUUCCACCGAUCAAGAGUAUACCCAUUCUCUUGCUCUCAGGUGAAACAGUGAGCGAAGAAGACGAUGCCUUCGUUCAUUGGGUGCACUAUGUGCGUCGCCUCAGCAACAUUUUUGCUCUAAGGGCUAGUGCCCAUGCGGCGGAUGUGCGUCUCGAACGCAAGCUUCGGUAUGAUUAUGCCGAGCUUAAGGCCAGAGACCAAUUGCGCAAGCGCACGCGCUAUGCUUCGGCUACUAAGGUCGCCGCGAGUGCUGGUCAGUCUGUGACCAACAACCCGCCAACCCGCACCACUAGUGGUGGGUAA